AUGUCGAAUCUACAAGACCUAAAAGAUGCUGGCGAGACCAGUGUUGUGGAUAAACAAACAGGUCAAGUUUAUGAGUUAGAUUUAACAUCUUACUCGAACGACUCAGAAAAAAAUGGUUCUCUACCAAAUAAACCUCAAAGCGGAGACCAUAAUUUAAAGAAAGGUCUUAAAUCUGCUCAUAUUCAAUUGAUUGCUAUUGGUGGCUGUAUAGGUACUGGUUUGUUUGUUGGUACUUCUUCUACUCUUUACAAAUGUGGUCCUGCAGGUUUAUUUAUCUCUUACUGUAUUAUGUCAACCAUCAUCUAUCCUGUUAUGAACGCUUUAGCUGAAAUGGUCUGUUUCCUUCCAGGUCUCCCCGAUGAAAAUGAAACUGGUGGUUCUAUCUCUACUCUAUGUACAAGAUAUGUGGAUUCAUCUUUAGGCUUCGCUGUCGGUUGGAACUACGUUUAUUGUUAUGUUAUUCUUGUUGCCGCAGAAUGUACCGCAGCCUCCGGUGUCGUCACUUAUUGGACCACAGCUGUACCCAAGGCUGCUUGGAUUACUAUUUUCUUGGGUAUUAUUGUCGUAUUGAAUUGCACUGCUGUGGAAUUCUAUGGUACAUCGGAAGCUAUCUUCUGUUCUUUGAAAAUUUUCUGUAUCUUGGGUAUUAUUAUAGUCUCCAUCGUCCUAUUUUUCGGUGGUGGUCCAAAUCAUGACAGAUUGGGUUUCCGUUUCUGGAAGGAUCCAGGUGCUUGGGCGUAUCAUUUGGCCGAUGGCGGUGCAGGAAGACUUUCUGAUAUUAUUACCGGUGUCAUUCGUGCAGGUUUCGCAUUUAUCUUGGGUCCAGAAUUGGUUGUCUUGACCUCUACUGAAGCACAAGAUUCAAGAAGAAACAUUGAAAAGGCUGCCAGAAGAUUUGUUUGGAGAUUGAUUUUCUUCUACUGUGUGUCUUCAUUAUGUGCAGGUGUCAUUGUGUCGAGAAAUGACCCUGUAUUACUUAACGCGUUAAGUCAAGGCAAACCAGGUGCUGGUUCAUCUCCUUUCGUUAUUGGUAUUCAAAACGCAGGUAUCAAAGUUUUGCCUCACAUUAUCAACGUGUGUAUUCUCUCUUCUGCUUGGUCUUCUGGUAACUCCUUCAUGUAUGCUACCACUAGAUCCUUGUUAUCUCUAUCCCAAGAAGGAUACGCACCAAAAAUAUUCAACAGAGUCAACAGGUGGGGUGUUCCAUACACUGGUGUUGCGUUCGCUACAGCCUUUUCCUGCCUAGCGUACUUGAAUGUCUCCUCAUCCACCGCUGAUGUUUUCAACUGGUUCUCUAACAUCUCAACUAUUUCUGGUUUCCUUGGUUGGAUCUGUUCAGGUGUUGCUUACUUACGUUUCAGAAAAGCCGUCUUCUUCAACAAUCUAUACGACAGACUUCCGUUUAAGACACCGUUCCAACCAUACUUCACGUGGUUCUACAUCAUCCUGAUCGCGAUCAUCUGUCUCAUCAACGGGUACGAAUCAUUUGUCCAUUGGAAUUACAAGGAUUUCAUCGCUGCCUACAUCACUCUACCGCUCUUCCUCAUUCUAUGGUUGGGUCACAAGGCUUACACCAGAACUUGGAGCCAGUGGAUGAUUUCAGUGUCCGAAAUCGAUGUCACUACGGGUCUAAGAGAAAUCGAAGAAGAAACCAAGGAAUUGAAUGCUAGACGUAUCCCACCAAGAAACCUCUGGGAAAAAAUCUUGGAAUGGUUAUUCUAA